CUUCGACGUGUUGAAGGGGAUCUGACCCAGUUGCAAAAAAUGUACAAACGAUGUCAGGACAAUUUGACUGAGUCGCAAAAUGCCAACGCCAUGGCCAAGGAACGAGAACGACGAUUGGAAGCGGAGAAGAAAGCGCUUAACGGAAAAUUGAAAUCAAACACAGACGAAUUGCGUAAACUACAACUGAAUAUCCAGCGUUACGAGACUCAGGCAGCGCACGAACGCCGCAAGCUGGAACGAGAAAAUGUGGCGUUGCGCGAGCGUUUGAGCUCAUCUUUAUCCCGACCUCCAUCGAAUGCGAGUCCUCGGCGUCGGAGCAGUCAGCAACGUCGAACCACUGUGAAUGGAAACAGCCUAUCCGGCUCGCUCAGCUCAUUGAACGCGGAUCCGGAUGUGCUGGAGGCAACUGCUGUGCGUCGAUCCGGUACACACACAGGCCGCACGAUGCCUCACUAUCCAUCCCUCACGCGCGUCACUGGGAAACCGGUGAAGCGAUCUGCAGCUUCAGUGAGCUCUACUCUUCGGGGUGAGCCCAAGUCAGCCCGACCUUGGACCGUUUAUGACACAGCAUUCAGCGCGGCCAAUGUAGAAGGAUCUCAGGCGGAUCUGUAUGCGUUGGUCGUUCAACAAUUAGAAGAGCGACAGAACACCCUGCUGUACGAGAACCGUGAAUUGCGUGAUGUGGUCAGUCAGAUGGCAUCCCGCAUGGUUAGAUUUACCGGGUUUUUGGAGCGUAUCAAAUCAUCGUCGAUGGAGGGGAAUGUGAGACAAACUACUGUUAGUUCUCCUUUGGCAGAUGAUGGAAUUGAUUCUCUGGACGAGGAUACAGAUGAGGAUCAAAUCCCAUCCCUCAAACGAGACACAUCCGAUGACGACGCGGCACAACCCGAGGAUCACAUGCAAAUCUCUCCAAACAACGUAGAUCGUCAUUCGUCCGCUAAAGUGAACGAAUUGCUCCUACAACUUCCCUAUGCUCUCGUGCGAGAACAUUUAAUGCAACGAGUGCGUCAGUUAUCACGACGCUUGUGGCACCAAUUACGGGAUGUUCAUACGCGACCAAACUCCCAUGAUCCUGAUUCAUCCGUUGUGAAUGGUGAGACAAAAGCUAUGAAGAUCCCAGACCCACAUUCCCCCAUGAAACCCACUGAACCGGUUUGCGAAACCGAACAGGCAGCGAAUCUCGAAGAGCUAGAGGUGGAAGUGGCCAAAUUGAAGCGCCUUGUCACCAAAUAUGAAUCCCGCAUUCAGGAACAGGAUGUUGCUCUUCGGCAUGCACUAUUUUCUAGUUCGCGACGUUGGAACGGAUUAGGAUACAGUGAUUCAUUCGAUCGUGACUCUUCUGGGAACGCAUCCGGACGAAGAUCUUCCCUAUUCAAACUGAACAGAUCCUCAUUCCCGUUACCUAGAGAUCCGAGUCCCACUGAAACAACUCCCCCCUCGCUCCAUGUUCCCGGUGAUGGAGCUGGUGACCAUGUCCCAUCCANUCCAAAUUGGUCAGCUACCCUCUCCAGGAGAACCCGUCCAAUCGCUCGUCACCGAUCGUGGGCAGCCUCCGGAUCAAUCGGAUCGUUAAUGAUGGGACCGGCGAAGCCCUGGGACUUAGACGAGGACCGAACCACAUUUGAUCCGGUGUUGAAUCGGACAGUUGUGCACGGUGCUUACCACUGA